AUGACCCACCAGAAAACUCAGAUCUUUGAAGACCAAAUGGCGCUUAUACACUGCGUUCCCCAAUUAAGUAAGCUUCAUAUUGCCGGAAAGCUUACAGAUUUGACCAUAGAGCUAGAAGACAGCCUGAAGGUGCGCGCACACAGGAUUGUUUUGGCUUCUCGUGUGCCCUCAUUGUGACAAGUUGAAGUCCACGAAGCGAAUGUGGCUGGGCUGAUUGUGCUGUCACAACAGCUCAUAAUGCCUCAUGUGGAAGAAUGGGUCGUGAAUUAUAUGGCCGGCAGGCUGAAUCAUGAAAACAUAGAAAAUCGCUGGAAUCUUUCACAGUUACUGAAAAGUGACCACUUGAGAAACGCCUGCCUGGAAUACAUGAAAAAGACAUUUGAAGCCAUAGCCGUGGGUGAUUUAUUCAUACAGCUGCCAUCUGAUGCCGUCCUGUCUCUGUUGCGGGCAGAUGACCUUCAGGUGGACAGCGAGGAGAGUCUCUUCAAGGCGAUUGGAAGUCCUAUUCUGAUGCAGUUUUAUACAACUCUUCUCAUUACUCCCGAAACAGAUUGCUUCUUUGUAAUUGGAGGAAACAAAUGGUCCGAUGGCAACACACGCAUUUGGAAAUUUGCUACGAGGACACGCCGAUGGACUGAAUGUGCGCCGCUCCCGGAGUGGCGGGAGCACCAUACAGCAGUCGCCGUCGCAGUUGGUGAGGAAACCGUCAUCUGUGUCUGUGGAGGCACAUACUUGAACUGCGGCUCCUACACCUCUCACGCAAGUGCUCUCUAUUCACCCACUGAAGACAAAUGGUACGAACUGCCAAAAUUGAGAAACAUGAGGCAAUGCGCUGCCGCGGUUGCACUGCCAGAUGGACGCGUGUUUGUGAUGGGCGGUCGCAGAGUUAUAAACCCCCAAUAUGGCAGUUUCAAUCGUCUAUCCUCAGUGGAGACGUGCCAUCUGCGGGAGCCAGCAGACUGGCAAGGGCCCCUAAAAGCGUCGGUAGCUUUUUGGAAGAAUUCCGCUGACAUGCUAGAGCCACGUGAAAACCACAUGGCGGCUGUAUUCAGGGAAAGCAUUUUCAUUGCUGGAGGCCGCAAUGACCAGGGGUACUUGAAAACAAUCGAGGUCUUCACCCUGCCGGACAAUGAGCGGCCGUUGGGACAGUGGACGCGCCUCGCUAACUGGGAGUCAGAUAGGCAAACAGCCGCUCUCGUCGUUUAUCAAGACAGACUCUUUUCUUUCGGUACGUCUGCACCCUUGACUCCUGCCAUUACGAGAUGUUGCUGUGCUCGAAGGGCGAACGUCUCAUGUACAGACGCGGUGACGGAAAAAUCACGCAAUUUUCCAUGGUUUUUCCCUAUUGUCUGUCUUUUCAAAGUGGUCACGACACUAAUCAACCUUGCUGCGACAGAACUUAGAUGGCAUCCCCUAUGA